GGUAACCCUCAAGAAAAAUAUGAUAUUAAGAAAAAAUUGGGCUCAGGUGCAUCUGGUAAUGUUGUUAUGGCACAUCAAAAAGGCACAGAUGAUGUAGUUGCCAUUAAAAUGAUGGAUUUAACAGAUCAACCAAAGAAAGAAUUAAUUAUAACGGAAAUAGAAGUGAUGAAGACAUAUCGACAUGAUAAUAUCGUCAAUUUUCUGGACUGUUACAUGAUCACCAAUGAAUUAUGGGUAGUCAUGGAGUGUUUAGAUGGCGGGGCUCUAACUGACGUCGUCACGGAAACCAUAAUGAAAGAAGGACAAAUAGCCGCUGUCUGUCAAGAGUGUUUAAAGGCCCUUGUGUUCCUUCAUUCCCGAAAUAUUAUACAUCGUGAUAUUAAGAGUGACAAUGUUUUGUUAGGUAUGGUAGGAGCAGUCAAAUUGACUGAUUUUGGAUUCUGUGCUCAAGUCAAUCAAGAAAGAAAUAAAAGAGAUACUAUGGUGGGAACACCAUAUUGGAUGGCUCCUGAAGUUGUCUCGAGAAAACAGUAUGAUAAUAAAGUAGAUAUAUGGAGUCUUGGUAUCAUGAUUAUAGAAAUGUUAGAAGGGGAACCACCAUAUUUAAAUGAAACACCAUUGAAAGCCAUCUUUAAAAUUGCUACGAAAGGUAAACCAGAUAUCAAAAAUGAAAGCAAACUGUCACCAGAUCUUAAAAGUUUUAUUAAUAAUUGUCUGGAGGUAGAACCAGAAAAAAGAUCCUCAGCUGAGAAAUUGCUGGAGCACCCAUUCCUGCAAAAAUCUAUGCCGUUAUCAACUUUAAAACCACUCAUCAAUGCAGCCAGAGAAGCUCAGAGAUCGUAG